AUGGAGCAAACUGCCCUGUGGACGUUUGGUUCCGCAUUGACCCUUAUAAGAGAAGAACCUCUGCUCCAUAUUCUUGAUGCUUUGGACGAGUUUCUCUUACACUCUGGGGAGUUGAUCACCCUGGCGUUUCCAUUUAGAGAGGAGACGCCUAAGGAUUUGGAGAAGGUGAAGGAAUUCACUUUAAGGGGUGUUUUGUUUUCAGAUACGCAAGAUAGUGUGGAUAUUGCCAAUAAGCUAGCUCGUACGUUGAAGGUGAACCCUAAGGAAGCGUUGAGAGUGAUCUCACAGACUCAGUCUCGGAUUCCAGAGCUUGACGAGAUUAAGAAACCUUCGAGCUUGCUCCACUCGCGUCUUCAUGACGAUAAAGAUGAAUGCAGAGAGAACGAUAAGCUCAACUUGUAUGCGUCUAUGAUCUUGAAGGAGAGAAGAACUGUGCUCCGUAUAGCCAGGGAGUGUCUUGAUAGAAGAUUCAACGAGAAGGCGACUUCAACGGUCCGUAACUUGGGCAGAUCACUUGUCUUGGACUCGAAAUACGCUGAACUGGCUAUAGAAGCUCUUAAAACUACCGCUUCCUCGAUCAUUACGGGUACUUAUAAGACUGGCAUUUCUGAAAGCUUAGACGAGAUCAUCUAUACUGAGUCUCUCCUUUUCAUGCUGGAGCUGUUAUCCCUUCUAUGUGAGAUCUUCGUUUCAUCCAAUGCUGUCACGAGUGUAACCAAAUGGUUCGAGUUUAUGGACGAAACCAACUUCAUGAUCUCUUUGGGAACCUAUGUUUCCAGCAGAGAAUGCUUCGUGUUGCUUCAAUCCUUGGCUACAGUCGUUUCACUCCAGGUUCUUGAUUUGGAGAACUCCUUUGAUCCAAGCGAUCCUCUGUAUGUGAACGACGGUAAGACUUUCAAGCUUGUCAACGAUAUUAUAUCAACCAGAAACGUCAACUCUAUCGUGAACUACGCGUGGCUUAUCGUAUUGUACAAGAAGGCCAUUGUCAUUGAGGAGUUCUCAGACGACCUGUCAGCAUUCACCAAGGAGAUUUCCCUCUCUGAAAUCAACACCAGCAUAGCAUUCUUCACCGAGACCCUUGAACAGGGAAACGUUUUCAAAGAUAUCAUGAACAUCAAUUCUUUCCUUCAUUUUGAUGAGAUCUACUCAAUCGUUUUGGCUAAUCUACUAAUGGUCGCUUUACCGCUAAUGCCAAUGAACGUCGAAACUGCCACAUGUGUGCAGCAAGUACUCAGUCAAGCGCCACCUCCAGUGGUUGAGAAAUUCUACGAAAACAACGAAGUCAUUAAUGCCAUUAUCUUGUCUCGUGCAAAGUUCCCAGUCAGCAUCCCUCCAUACCUCAAAUUGGCUUCUAUCAACGGCAAUUUUGCCUUCAAUGAGUUCCGUGAACUUAAAUCAUACAUGUCUGUUUUUGAUAAUGAAGAGUUUGGUAGGGUAUGUGACAUUGACUCUGAAAACACCGAUCUCAUGAAGCUUUCUGAAAUGAUAGACUUAUAUCCUCCCUACGAAGUCAACAACAAGUUGUCGCUUGUUCUCCGCCACGAUACUAAAGCUAAGGUUAUUCCUUCAAGUGAAGAAAACAAAGUGCUUGUUACUUUCUUGUACAAAUAUAGUGGUUGGGCAUUCCUUGGAAGAGUGGUUCAGAAUAUUUCGAAGACAUUUGAUAUCAACGAUGCCCCGAAGACGCUUGUCUUGAACGACAUGCUUCAUUUGCUUGUGCAGACUAGCUCUCAAGUGACGACAGAAGACUUACAGAUAGCUCUUGACGCCAUGUCCGCUUAUACUGAUGACUCUGAUAUUUUGGAGAUUCUCUUUAGGUUGCUUGAACAAGGAUUGCAUAACCGUGAUACUGAAAUCCUGACCAAGAUCAUCAAAAUCUUUACGAACUUAUUACCUUUGCAUUCGGCCAGGAUCUGGCCCUACCUUGCCAAAUCUUCCUUGCUACCCAACGGGGGUAAGGAGCCUUUCAUGUCAAUUAUGUUUGGCUCGAUUGAGAUGGUGAAGGGAAACUACGACUUUACUGUUGCUUUGACCAAAUUCAUUGGGGCCUUGGCAGACAAUUGUCUCACGAAUAAGCAUGACUAUCCUAACAUUCUCAAGGGCGAGGUUCUUGGUGUUAUGGUUGAGCAUUCUAUUGUGGUAUUUGAGAGCUACAUCAACUGCAAUUUCAAUGAUGGCUUACAAAAGCUUGAAUUGGGCAUCUUACUUCUCGACAUUUUCACGAGCAUUUUGGUCACCGUCAAGGACACUAACUCGGGUAACUUCAAAGACAAUGAACCUGCUAAGGAGUUUGUUGGUUCCGCUCAGAAGAUUCUUGAUGCCUUCUUGGCCUAUGAAGAUGGCGCUGCUCGUGCACCUAUUCCAAUCUACAAGAUGAUUAGUGCGGUUGCAUCAUCGAUGAACUUCUACGACUUUAGGGAUGUUACAGGAUUUUACUCCAACCAUUGGGUGAGCAGCGCUUUGGUCUUUUCGAGAGAGUUGAUCAAAGCUAGAAGCCUCGUAACCAACAAGCCCUCGCAGUUCGAGAGACAAAUGUUUACUCAGCUUCAAAAUUUGGUGAGGAUUUACUCUAGAGGCUCCUUUAGAAAGCCUAUCUUAGACUUAAUCGCAGCAUUGACUAGUGGAACGUGGAGCGAGGAGCAAAUGCCGUCAAUGUUGUCUCACUUGGGACGCAAAUACUCCCAAGUUUUCUUGCAUUCCUUGGCAGCUGAUUUGAAUAACUCAUUUGAUGAUUACAGUAUCCGGAUUUCAGUUUAUGACUUGUUAUGUUCGAUUCUAGAUGCUAGCCAAGAAGGCUUGUCUGUGUUGUUCAUCAGUGGCCGGGAUGUCUUUGGCGGCUCUACUAGUGAGGCUCCUCUCACAGUUUCCCUCUUAGCGGUACUCAAAAAGAACGUGAGUGAGAUCAAGUAUUACCCUCCAUCUGUCACUGCGCACUUGCUUGAUGCAAUUGCUUUGGCAUUUAACUCUUGGACUAUUGCUAAUGAGGAUAAUAGUGAUGAGCAUUUCGUCAAGGAAAUGCUCAAGCUCCUUGAAGAUGAUAUUGUGGAUGGAUCUUCCAAGAGUCCACAGGAGUUGGUUUCAGCAUGUUACAAGAACAAGGUUCUUUCGAAAAGUGCUGAAAUUUUGUCCCUCAUUCUUUUCACUACUAAGAAUGACAAGAUCAAGAAACUCAUUGUUGACGACCUUAUCUAUAAGGACUCAUUUAUCUCGAAAGUUUCAAGCCUUUUGCGUCCUGUCCUACUCAAGGGGCCCACCAUUGAGUCCAUCGCCCAAAAAUUUGAAGAACGCUUUUCAAGCUACAAGUUAUCGCAAUUUGCUACUUCUGUGAGAACAAGAAACAGAUUUAAUGUAAAUGCGAUAUAUGACCUUAAUAUGAUGGAAAGUCUCUUCAAAGCAGAUUCAGAGUGGAAGACCAUCAAAGCCUUGAUUGAAAGCUGGAGUGCUCGUAUCCAGAACUACUAUUCUCAGGUUGCUAUUGCAAAGUCUACCGGUGCAUUGAUUACAGCAGUAUGCCGCAGACUGCCUAGCAAACAGCUUUCAAAGUACUUGAAACUUACUCCAGAUAUUCUUACUAUGAACAUCGUUGAAGAGGCUUACAUUCUUGAUACUGCUACUCAGCUUAGGUUGGAAAGAGUUGAGCUUUCCUUCCUCGUUGCACAGACCUACAGUGUUGUCGAUGGUGCUGAAAAGGACUCCCAAGUUGCUCUUCGGAUUGUGGAAAAGUCAUCCACCAUGCUUAAUGGAACAUCUAAUCUGGAUGCCAUUACUUCAGUCACCCACAGAGCUUUGCUCAGAUUGGCACAUAUUGCUCUUUCCACACUUAAGGAUGAUCAUGAGCUUAUAAUCUCGCGUUUCAGUGUGCUUCGUGAUUUUUUAACCGAGUUGUUUCGCAGGAACGAUGUCUAUCUUUCUCGUACUGAUAAGAAGCACAAGUCACAGGAUUUGGGUGAGCUUCUUAAUGACUUGCGUUUGGUAAUCUCGAUCUUCAAGUGCUUUGUGUCUUUUAACAUUCCAGAGUCUCUCCAGCGUGAGUUGGCUAGUUCAUUGACGCAGAAUAGAACAGUUGAAAAUUUCCUUAGUCUUUACUCGUUCUCCCACUUGAUUGUCGUUAACGAAGAGCCAAUCUUCUCUCACUUGACGCUCAUGUUCGUGCAACUCCUCCUUUCUGUUAGCAUCUUUGCUGAGAAGUUCAUCAACAGAAACAUGUUUAUGGUGAUCAGGGAGAGUAUGAUUUCGCAGCCGCUUCGUGAAGGUGGAAUCACCAUCGAAAACUCUCCACAGCUCCACAGAAACUGGACAAACGGUAUUCUCCCUAUCCUUUCCGCUACCUUGCUUGGACCAGGCAACAAGUCGGAAGUUUUCAACACCAUCAGGUCGUUUGGCAAGCAGAUUGCCUUUUGCAUAGAGAGUUGGGCCAAGGACUCGAGGUCGCUUAGAGUCUCGUCAGCUGUUACAUGGGAAACCACGCAGAUUUUACAUUUGUAUCAGAUUUUGAGUGAAAUCGCCAAGGCAGAAAAGAUCUCAAGCGACUCCCCCACCGGCGUUGAUAUGGCUAUUCUUCCAGGUCUUGAGACACCUCAAAAGAGAGAGGACUUGAUAGACUACAUCACGAACUUACUCAAGCAUCCAAAGUUCUUGUCGUCGAUAAUUGUGCCCAGCACACCUGAAGAAGCCAAGAUCCUCAAGAGCCACGGCACGGCCCACAAUGAGUUCGUCAAGAGCCUCAUUCUGGAAAUAUCAGAGCUCAAAGAGUUCUUCAAUUAA